AGCCUGGGAAGCCUGACCACAGACCACAGUAUCUCUGAGGCAUGAAUAAUUAGGUAGGCAUAAUGGAAGGCACUCACUGCACCCUUCAGUUGCGUAAGCCCAUUACUGAACUCUGCCACAUCAGCUUCUAUCUUCCAAGGGGGAAAGUCAGAGGAUAUUCAUACAAGGGCACUGUAACUCUAGACAGAACCAAUAAAGGAUUUCAUAACUGCUACCAAGUCAGGGAGGGGUCAGACGUCAUCGGCCUCAGACUCCAGCCAAAUGAACAUCCAGGUGACAUAUUUUUCAAGCAAACUCCCACAAAAGACAUUUUAACAGAGCUGUACAAACUCACAGCAGAGAGGGAGAGACUGCUGGCCAGUCUUCUGAGCUCAGACCACAUCCUGGGGAUUAUGAUGAGGAACCAGGAGGGGAAGCUGCCAGAGCUGUCCGUGAGCCUGGCCCCUGAGGACAGCUGUUUCCAGAGUACUGGUGAUUGGUGUGGGGAGGCCCCUAUGGACCGCCUCAACAAGAGGAAACCCCAUGGGAACAAAAAGCCCCAGAGGUUUGGUGGAAGGAGAGAGAGCUUUGGAGAGCUCCUGCAGAGGAGGACAAAAAGAAGGAGGCAUGGGGGCCAGGACCUGGCUCCUCAGAUGGGGAGUGGCCCAGCCUACUCCAGCAACUCCCCUCUUCUUUCUCAGACAAGGACUAGUCUUUGGCUCUUAAAAGAGAAAGGCAACUUGAGCCCAAAUGGGGCAUUCACCUUUUCCCUGUGGAGGAGAGACAGCUGCCCCCCAAAUACCCCUAGGACACUGGAGGCCAGACCUGGCUUUGGGAGCUGCAGGGAAGCUUCUGAGGACACUGGGCUUGGAAGAGGACUGUCUUCUGACAGCAGCUCUACAGAGCCAGGAGAUGAUGGUGCCAGGGGCCCGAAGAGGGGCCCUCAUGCGCUGGCAUAUCAGCCAACAGGUUUGACUGAAAUGUGCAAGGACCCUGAGAAGCAUCCAGAGGAAGAGAGGGGCCAGGGGGAGAAGUCUGCUGAGCUUACUUGCAGGAAGAAGCCUGUUUCCAAAGUGGUAGCCAAAGUCCAGGAUCUGUCCACUCAGGUGCAAAGAGUAGUUAAAAUGCAUCCUGAGGGUGAGGAAAGAAUUACCAUUUUCCCAGUGGCCCAAGCUGCAUUUAUACCCAGAGCAGACUUACCCACCUUCCUGGGAGCUGAGGCAGGAGCUCCUAGUUCCAGGCGGCAGGACAUGGAGCAGCGAGUGGACAGAUCAUUGCCGCUGUUGCCCAGGGAAUUUAUGGCAGCCCACGCUGAGGAGGCUGUGAACAAGGUCCUCCUGAAGGUUAUAGAGAGUGAGAAGUUAGAUGAAGCUACUGAGGGGAAAAGGCUGGGCGUCCCCCUCAGCACGAUAGCCGCCUAUACUCUCCAGGAAACUAGAAGCAAGAGGAAAGCAGUGCUACUUCCAAGUGACCACAGCACGUUCCUGGAUCUUCCCCACAAUGUAAGCCCCUCACAGCCUGGCGGUGAUGAGAGGAGGCCAGCUCCCCCAGCACUGGCAGCUCUCAGCAUGGUGUUUAAUAAUUUAUCCUGUCAGCCCAGCAAACACAAGCGGAUGUCACCUGUUCCCUCACCUGUGUCUCCAAGGCUCCCCAGACCUCAGCAGCAUCGUAAGAUCCUCGGGCCCCCUCCACUGCCUGGCGACAGGGAAGCUGCUCUUGAUGAUUCUCCUGGUAGAAAGAGCAGUGCGUUCUCUGGGUCCCCCUCCACUGACAUCUUGGAGCUACCAUCCUCUGCAAAGGUCACGGAGACCAGAGGAGCCAGCUCAGCCUCCCUCAGAGCAGGCCAACCUCAGUUGGUGCCUGGGGAACCUUUGGAAAAGAGCUUGGGGUCUGGGAAGAACAUAGCUCGGUCCCAGCACCAGUCGCCUCCAGACAUCUCCUCUGAAGGCUUUCCCUGGGACUGCUUCAGUGAGCAGACAGCAGCAAAAGACCUUCCCAACAGGGAUGGAGGUACCUGGGUCCUGGGCUAUAGAACAGGCCCAGCCUGUCCAUUUCUGCUGCACGAGGAGAAAGAAAAGCCAAACAGAAGUGAAUUGUACUUGGAUCUCCAUCCUGACCACAGCCCCACAGAGCAAGAUGAUAGGACUCCCGGCAGACUCCAGGCUGUCUGGCCACCUCCAAAGACAAAAGACACUGAAGAAAAAGUGGGAUUGAAGUACACUGAAGCAGAAUACCAAGCUGCCAUUUUACACUUGAAGAGGGAACACAAAGAAGAAAUUGAAAACUUACAGGCUCAGUUUGAACUUCAGGCCUUUCAUAUCCGGGGUGAGCAUGCGGUGAUAACAGAGAGACUAGAAGAAACCAUUGAAAAUCUCAAGCAUGAGGUAGAACACCGAUGGCGAGGAGGACGUGAAGAGAUGAAAGAUGCAUGCAUCUCCACCAGUGAUGACUGUCCUCCAAAGACCUACAGAAAUGUGUGCAUUCAGACAGAUAGGGAGACGUUCCUCAAGCCCUGUGAAGGUGAAGGCAAGACAAGCAGAAGUAACCAAAUAAUACCCAAAAAGCUGAAUAUCUCCUCUCUAAGCCAGCUCUCUCCCCCAAAUGACAACAAAGACACCCAUGUACCACUGCAGUCUGUGGAAGGCAUCUCAUCAAGUCCACAGAAGGCUUUGCCACCCCCUCCCGCACCACCACUACCCACAGCCAUCCCUCCCCCUCCUCCCCUGCCUCCUGGACUUGGCCCUUUGCACCCAGCACCUCCACCACCACCUGUGAGUACUGGGCCACCACCGCCUCCACCACCACCCCUCCCUCCAAGUGCUGGGCCACCCCUGCCACCUCCCCCACCACCGCUUCCUAACUCCCCUGCUCUGCCCAGCAGGGGGGGGCCUCCUCCGGCUCCAACGCCCCCUGGACUUAUGCCCCCACCUCCUCCUGGACUGUUCUUUGGAGUCAGUUCUUCUUCCAUCCAAUGUCCUCGGAAGCCAGCCAUUGAGCCCAGUUGUCCUAUGAAGCCUCUGUACUGGACUAGAAUACAAAUAAGUGAUAAGAGCCAAAAUGCUACACCAACCUUGUGGGAUUCCUUAGAAGAACCUGAUAUUCGGGAUACCAGUGAAUUUGAGUAUUUAUUUUCCAAGGACACAACUCAGCAGAAAAAAAAGCCUCUGUCAGAGACCUAUGAGAAAAAAAACAAGGUCAAAAAGAUCAUCAAGUUACUGGAUGGAAAACGAUCUCAAACUGUGGGAAUCUUGAUAUCAAGUCUGCAUUUAGAGAUGAAAGAUAUCCAGCAGGCCAUUUUCAAUGUGGAUGACUCUGUGGUAGAUCUGGAGACCCUGGCGGCCUUAUAUGAAAAUAGAGCACAAGAGGAUGAACUGGUUAAAAUAAGAAAGUAUUACGAGACAUCAAAAGAAGAAGAACUGAAGCUGCUGGAUAAGCCUGAGCAAUUUUUACAUGAAUUAGCCCAGAUCCCUAAUUUUGCCGAACGUGCCCAGUGCAUAAUCUUCAGAUCUGUCUUUUCUGAGAGCAUCACCUCCUUGCACCGAAAGGUAGAAAUCAUCACACGAGCUUCUAAGGGCUUGCUGCACACAAAGAGUGUGAAGGAUAUUUUAGCUCUCAUUCUGGCUUUUGGAAAUUACAUGAAUGGAGGAAAUAGGACUCGAGGACAAGCAGAUGGAUACAGCUUAGAAAUUCUGCCCAAACUCAAGGACGUCAGAAGUCGGGAUAAUGGAAUUAAUCUGGUGGACUAUGUCGUGAAAUAUUACCUGCGUUAUUAUGAUCAGGAAGCAGGAACAGAAAAGAGUCUUUUCCCCCUGCCUGAACCACAAGAUUUCUUUCUGGCCUCCCAAGUCAAGUUUGAAGACCUCAUAAAAGAUUUGAGAAAACUCAAGAGGCAACUAGAAGCAAGUGAGAAACAGAUGGUGAUGGUGUGCAAGGAAUCCCCAAAGGAGCAUCUCCAGCCUUUCAAGGACAAACUGGAAGAGUUCUUCCAGAAAGCCAAAAAAGAGCAUAAAAUGGAAGAAAGCCAGCUGGAGAAUGCACAGAAAAGUUUUGAAACAACAGUAGGAUAUUUUGGGAUGAAGCCAAAGUCUGGUGAGAAGGAGAUCACACCCAACCACGUGUUUAUGGUGUGGUACGAGUUCUGCAGUGACUUCAAGACCAUUUGGAAGCAGGAGAGUAAAAACAUAUCUAAAGAAAGAUUGAAAAUGGCUCAGGAAUCAGUCAGCAAGUUGACAUCAGAGAAGAAAGUGGAGACAAAGAAGAUAAAUCCCACAACUAGUCUGAAAGAAAGACUACGUCAGAAGGAAGCCAGUGUGACCACCAGCUAAGCCAGAGACUUGGAAACGCUGACAAUGAGAUGUAGUACCUUGCACAAUCCUGUGCAACACCAGUGCUGCAAAAAAUUCAUGGAAGAUCCAUUUCCUAAAUGUUUGUUUUGCUCAUCUCUUUCUGAGGUCAUCUACAGUGAGCGCCCUGUGCCUUAAAGAAGUCCUUUGUCAAGCCACAGGAACAGAGAGAAGCUGUCUAAGGGGACAUUGCAGGAGUAUUUGAUAAUUGUUUCUUGUAGAAGUCCAAGGUCUGCUCUGUUGCAAGACCAGAAGAAUUACCAAGAUUUUCCAAACUAUUUUAAAAGUGGAGAUUUCAAACUUUCUAACUUAGAUUUCAAGAUUUCUAAGUUUGGCAUAUGUAAACUUGUGACAGAAGAAGAGAAGGGUCUUUCAUGAUGGUUGCCUUGAGAGAGUUCAAGCCUUCGUCUUUACAGACGUCUGGUUUUCUUAUUGAUCUUAAUUUGGAAGCUAUUGCAGCAAGAUCCUGGAGCAUCUUUCCCGCCAAAAAUGUUGAGGCUUACCAAAACUAUUUUUUAAGAGGUCCAAGACUACAUAUUUCACAGACUAGAGAAGUGUUUAUUUUGUUGUUUAUGUAACAGAAAGGACAGAAUAUGGAAUUAUACAUGGGUGGAGAGAGGGUUAAAUAGCCAUAAACUUCAUCCUGGGGAAUGGAUGAUGAUACAGGGAGUUGACGUCAGCCAUUAAAUGAGACCCUGAGCAGGGACAGAUUUGGGAUCAAAGCACCUGAGCUUUGGCAGGUGACUCAGUGACGAAGCACCUCUCACAUCUCAGACCACUGGUGAGUGGGCAGUGCCACGUUCACAUGCCCCUGACCUCUGUGUCAUGUUCAGGGACUGUGUGUGGCUGGAUCUCUUCCACCAACUUCACGAGGUAGUUUCCACACAGGAGAGCAAGUGCUACUUUAUAGCCUUUUAGCAUGAUCUUAACUGACAGCAAGUGACAUAGGGCAAAGUAAGAGUAUUGGACGUCAAAAAAUUAAGGGCAGAAAAGAAAGUUCUUUACAUCAAAGUGGAAAGAAGUGAUUAUAUUAAUACGAAACUUUGAGUGGGCAUCAUGCAUAGGCAGCUUUUUCUGACCUGGGAGCCUUACAACUACUGCCCUUUGAGUCACAGAGGACACCACCUUGGACCUCUCCCCUGACAUUUUUUCCUUAAGCCACCACUGUGCAUCUGUCUUGUGAAGGGGGACAUGGGGGCCUGGGGAAAAUUGAGAAGAAGAUCAAAGUCCAUCAGGUUUGGGCCUUGAAGGGGGAGAGAGCCAAGCUUUCUACUCUGAUUGGUGGAGAGGGCGGCCCAGAGAUGAGCAAAAAUCUUAAACCCUUCCUAAGCCAGCUGCUGUGUAUGGCCUGCUGCUUGCCCCAGCUUCCCAGAACCUCUCAACUUACCAGACACCUGAGUGUCUGCCCAGGACUGCUUGCCAGUCAUCAGCCCCAUGGGGACCCCCUUACAGAGUCAGCUAAUUAAAGCAGCACCAUAUCCAUAUCCUAGUAUAAAGCCCCUCUUGGGAAUCAAGUCUGCACAGUGCAGAUCAAAUUAAGUCACAGAAGCCAUAUUCACGCAGGCGCUAAUCACCGUUUCUAACAAUUUAAAAGAGAAGAAUGUGGUAGCAUGGUUGGGUUUGUUGGGUUUUCUUUUUUUUUUUUUUCCAAUUCAAAAUAAAAGGAUAAGACAGACAAAACAGAAAAGCCAGUAAGGAACUUACAUGAGUAACAGAAGUUGCUUGUGAGCAAGAAGCUUUUCAUACUGCUUUCUUAUACUCUUUAUUUUCACUGAACUGUGAAGAAAACCUAAAAAUUCAUCAAUUUAAAACAAAUUUCAGUUACAGGCAUCCUGUGCCCCCAGGCAUACCUUCUAGGAUUACUGUGUGAAAGCGGAGUGCCUGUGUGGCCCAUGCCUUGGCGACUCCAAGUUCAGUGAGAGACCCUCUAAGGGUCCGUCCUUGUGGGCCUUGUGGACUUGGCGGGGAAGGAGCAGGUGGCUUCCACCGGAGUCGCUGGAGUCCACUUCAGCCUUCUAAGUGGGAUGCUCACAAGAAAGUCGCUGAAGGUAAGCAGGACUGCCACUUUGGCCACAGAGCCCUGCAAGAAUAUGCUCUCAGGGACCGAUGCUGAAGAAAAAUGAGUGGAAACAUUUGAGAGUUUGACAAAUGCAGCCCAAGUUGGAUUUUAUCCUAGUGGAUAGACUGGAAAUUGGCAAAUACCCAUUUCUAAAGAGUGAAUGCAAUUUGCCUUCCUUGGAUGGGGAAACCUAGUCAUUUCAUAAGAUCAGUAAAAUGCCGUAUGUCGUAUGUAUAUUGAGUUGCCCGGGAAGAAAUCUCCAUUAUUCUCACCCAGCUUGAGCCCUGUAUCGCGUGUCUGGAUGCCACCUCCCAAGUCCGCUCUGGCGCUGCACUGCAUAGCCUUCAUUUCUAAUUUAAGGUGAUGUUCAUUAAAACUUCACAAGAAUUUUUCAAAGUGGGCCAUCUACAAUAACCUGAAGGCCCUUAAAGAUGAUCCCUUUAAAAUGUACUUAAGAUUAAUGCAACAGUAUCUCUCAAUUUUUCACGGAGAGGAAGUAGUUGGGGUACCACUUAGCAGCUUGAGUACUUUAGGCAAGCUUAGUUUAAAGGGCUGUUCUAAGCACAGCCCUUGAUAAACCAGAAGGAGAGUGGCUGGUAUUGCUAUUCCGUGUUUAAGCAGACAGUGAUGUCCGACUUACUGAACAGAGUCUGAGAAACCUUAACUUAAAAAUGGCAUGGUCUCUUCCUAGCCAAGAUUCAUUCAAUCUGUGGACACAAUUGAAGAGCCGUUCAAAUACUUGCCUAUGUAACUGGCAGUAAUCAUUGGGCACACAAGUAUAUCAUGUAUUAUACAUGAUAUAAACACAUUAGGUAAAAAGUAUCAGGCUUGUGAGGUGUCAAAGAUUAGGUUAGAAGGAGGUAUGCUACGUGGGUUUUAACCCAAGAAGAGGCAGCUUACAGGGAGCCAGGGUGGAAAGGGCAAAGUGUGGCCAAGCAGAAACGGAUGAAUUUGAUGAUGGUGGAGGCCCAAGGGUCACAGGUGAUGGACCUGCUGCCCAGCAGGUGCCUUUUAAAUCCUUGAGUUGACAUCUACGAUGUCUCUUCAAAUGCUCAUUACAAGUACCUAGGAAUUAUAGAGAAAAAGUUUCUGAAAUCUGAGAAGCAGAAUAAGGAAACACAGUGGUGCUAUUACAUCUUUAGAGGUUCUAGCCAAAAAAAAAAAAAUGGCAGCAUGGUUGAGGAACUGCGUGCCAGAUUGGGUGCUGGACUCCAAUCCCCUUUCCCACAGUAAGGGCAGUAGAGGCCACGCACCUGCUAAGCUUACCUUAGGCACCUCCUUUGUUCCUAAGUACUGUGAGGAAGGCAUUUCUUAAUGAAAAGCUCAUAUGCUGCUGGUGAAGAAACUGAAAGAAGAUACAAAAUUCUGUUGCAGUAUUGGAAACCUCCUACAUGAUAAAGAAGUUGUUGAUAUGGUUCUUAUAAGGACCACGAUCAGAUGUAGCAGAGGAGAUGUAAGUGCCAAAGAGUUGCCUGUUGGCCUGGGAUUGCAUGACUAUCCACAGAUGAUACCACCUGCAAUGGGAGAUUUUUUAUUUUAAUUAUAUUCUUGCAUUCUUAAACAUCAUAUCUCCUCAUUUCUAUUUCUACUUCUCCCUUGCCUGGUAUCAUGGCACAGGCUGUUGCCUACAGCAGCUAGCAAGCAGUUCCUGGGCUGCAUAUGAAGGCAAAUUAGCAGGGCAGACCUACAGGCUCUUUCCCAGUAAGCAGACUAAUGUGGAGAGGGUAUCUUCUUCACUCCCUGAGAUCUCAUUUGGUCUGUUUUGUAGGACUCCCCUCUCCUCAAACAAAGAUAAAACCAAUUUCGGGCUCUCUGUGCCAAGAAAAGGAAAGAAGUCCAGAAAAUACAGCUUUUUUUUCCCCCAAAGAUCUGAUCCAAAUAUCGAAUGUAUGGUUUUAUGACAUAGGUUAAAUUGUCUUUAAAAAUUGCUACCAAAAAUUCUCUUAGAUUUGAGCUUCAUUUUUCUUUGAUCCUGCCUGUUCUAAUCUGAAAAAAAAAUAGCCAAAAUCUUGAAGGGAAAGAGAAGUUAUCCACAGAUUUGGUAAUCAAGAAAAUAGUUUAUUAGUUCUUGAAUCACACACACACACACAACAAAAAUGUCCACACUGUGAAAUCCCAUGUCAUAGUAGUCCCAGGGGCAUAUGAAUUUGAACAUUUGUGGGAACAAAGAAAGAGCUGUCUACUGACUUCUUGAAACUUUAACCUAAACCAGGAAGUUUUUAGACUGUGGAUUCCACAGAGUCAAGGAAUGCCCUGAACAGUUUAUUUUUGAAAAGCCACAUAGAGGAGAAGUGGUGUGAUAUAGAGGGAGAAGUAAAGGACUCCUAAAAUUUCCUUACUUGGGUCCUCUAAAGCUGUUUAUAAAUGUGUUGAACAUCCAGAAGACCAUGUAUGCCAAUUUCAUAUAUUAGGUAUUGUAUCUUCAGGAAUAUACAACCAAGGAGAGUGGAUGAGUGAAGAAAUGAACUUACAUUCAUGUCAGCUACUUUAUCAUCAUAAAGAAAUCUGCAGCACAAGAGAAACAUUGUUUAUGCAGCCAAACUAAUAGUACUUAGUAUUUGAAAAGCAUGAAUAGUUUUCAGUCUUUCAAAAAUGCAAAUAACUUAUUGGACACAUUUCCAUUUUCCAGCUAUAGAGAGAAGCAGUCCAGCUGCUUGGAACAUUCUCUAUCACUGAAGCACUUAAAGAAAAGCGCCUUUAGAAACAGGCCUCAGCAUAUAUGACUCCUUUAGAUACCCCCCCACCCCCGUAACGGUAUUUAAACUCCAUGAGCAAUUGAAUCCAAGCAUAACUAGGCUCCGUUACACACCUGUUUUGUGGCUGAGAUGCCCAUUUUGUGUCAUUUCUGCACACCCAUCAGUUGUUGACACCUUGUUAGAGUCACUGAAUGUUAGUUUCAUAAUUCUUAAUUUCCCCUCCCAAGGAGUGGGCAAGGUACCAAAACCUCCCAGUUGAACACUUUGCUGGAAAGUAGUGAAUUCAAGAGUGUUUUAAUGUCAAACUUGAAGCCAGUUCAGUAGCCUUAUUUGUUCCAAGACUCUUAAUCAACCUGAUAAAAACUUAGCAUUUGGGAAAUUUGUAUAGAUGACAACUUAGAAAUGUGAAGAUAUUAAAAUGGCAGCUAGCUAGCUCUCAAAGCUCCCGUUCAGUUUACUAACAAAGUGGUUAAGGAAAUAAAUCAAGCAUCGUUCAGUAGGUCCACUAUCCUCAAAUGGAGCUUAUUGGAUUCAUUUCCCCUCUAGCCCGGCCCCUCUCCCAGUCACCCUAAUGACAGACAGUGACCUAGAGGACUUUUCCUUCUCAUCCUUCCCUUCUCUGGUAUGAAGCUUCACUUCAGUCAAAAGCUCCAAAGAACUCCACAGUAAACUGCAGGGCAGACCUACAGGUUACAUCUACAAAGUACAUAGUUAUGAAACCAUGCUAUGAUCUGGAGAAGACAAUCUCAAUUUUUUAUAUGAAAGUGGUAGUGAAUGCCAUUAAGUUAUUUUUCUGUUCCAUCUAUGCCUAUACAAAUUUCUAUUUUUUAAUCUUAAAUAUACUAAGAAUCAACAGUCUGUCUCUUUGCCUAAAAGCUGAUCUACAUACUUCUGUGGACUAAUUUUUUUUUAAUGCUCUACAUGAAAUUUGAUAAUAUUGAGCCAGCAAAGUGCAGCUGAGCCCAUAGUUUCCAACAGAAAUCCACCUCACAGAAUUCGGUGUUCUCCAUGGAGUCAGCACCCUCUCACCACACCUGGGCUGUCUUGCAGGCUGAGCAUUUCCCUGAGUUCUUGUGCCCACACCAAGGGGCCCUCUGUCUUUGAAACUGUAAGAAUGUCUUAAAAGAGAGAGUAUUUCUCCCCCCAUAUAGUGUGAGCUGCAAUGUGUUGUCUUAGAGUUGGUAUAUCAAGUAAGCAAUCGAAGGUUUUCAGGCGUGCCUUCUCAGGGGCCUGUCGACAUCUUUGGCAACAUUGCACCUUCUCGCCUUUAUUGUUCUCACCAGGGCUUGCUUCCAUUCUUGUCUCAUGAAGCAAAUCCAUUUUUAUUUAUUCAUCUGGAUCAACUUUCCAAAAUGAAAGGCUAGUCCCACAGACCACUAAGUGGACAGGGAAGUUACUCUCUAUGUCCCCCCCAGCAUGGACAAGAGAUGUGUUCUGGAAUGAACACUCUCUUGGAACUCUUGGGAUGGAUUUUUAAUGCCAGGUUCCUCUCUGUGAGAUGUAUGAAAAGGGGUGUACAACAUACAACAGUUGUACUACCCUUCCCAGCAAGAGACCAGGAGAUUCAAAAUCCCUACAUUUAGGUGGGUUUGAGUGAACUAUGUAUAAGUAGCUCAUUUUUUUCCUUUCUUCUUGGUUAUCCCUAGUUGUAAACUUAUUUCUUCACAUCUGUUCUCCGGGGCCUAAAGAAGGUGGUCCCAGCCCCACUGACACUGCGUUCUGUAUAAUCCUCCGAAGUCCUCCAGUUCCUUGGAAACAAAUUGAUGAGGGGAAUGUCUAGUGACAGUUCUCCUAUGUUCCCAUGGUGACCCAUAGGCAACAAAUGGGUCUACCAAAGGAUUGGCUCUAUUCCAAAUAAUUUUAUGAUUCCACAAUUCUCCAAUUUCUCAAGACACAAAUAAUAUAAUAAUGUUUGAAAUAUGUAAGCAUUAAGAAAAAAGGAGUUCCCUUUAAGGAAACCAUCUAAGAUAAUCCUAAAAAGGCAGAAACUUUUAGAUUUGAAUACUUUGUAAGACUCUUCAGAGAAAAUGUCAUUGUUUCAUCACAGUCUAUUCCUCUUCAUUGAAUUUUAAUUUAUACUAGUGUGUGAAGCCGGGUGCCCUUGGACUUUGAUUUAACGGGUCGUGCUUUGGCCUGCACGUCAGCUCCAGUCUGCAUGCCCAGAACAUAAGUGAAAUCAGUUAGCAUCCUAAUAGGAAUCAGGCCUAACAGAAAUGUAAAUUAUUUCAAGUCCUUUAGGGUUUAAUUUUCUUAGUGACACCCUGGAUCCUGGACACUGCUUCCUAAGAUGCAUUUGAUACAUGCAGUUAUACAUCUUUACUUGGCCUUCUGACAUGGCAGGUGACAGGAUAAAGGAGACAGGGGAGAAGGAAGUUUUCAAGAAGGCCAGGGUGCAAUGUUUGCUGAUAUAAUAAUGCAUUGUUAGGGAGCUGAUUUUUGCCAUGCUUGUAUCAUGGGCAGCCUUUCCGUGGAAACUCAUGGCGUCUGUAGGAGGCCAGUGGGAGUGCCUGGCAUCUCAUUGGUCAGUGCCUGACAUGUGCUGGAAGAGCAGGUACCCCAUGGAAACUCCAUCACUUUUCGGGUUCAUUUCCAGGGAGGGUGCUGUCCGUGGACCUUCCUGUUCUCUCCAUGCCUGUCCAAGCACCAUUCUAUCCUCUACUUCCUUUCACUUUCUCCUUUCAAUACUGCUGCUUCAGCUUCCCAGUCAGUCACAACCCUCAGGUCUUUCUUCCUCAGUUUACCUUUACAGUUUCUCCAGGACCCCACUCUUCUCACCAACCUCCCUUGCAGCCAGCCAGCCAUGUCCCUGAGCUCCCAGGCCCUCCUCUCAGCCCUGCUCCCGUUUCCUCCCCAAGCCCUUUGGACAGGGCACUCCACUGUCACCAAGUGAGACGUGGUGCCGUGACUGCCUCUCGCUAAUGUCAGCAUCACCUCAUCACUUAGGCAAAGAGGGAAAAAUCCAUAAAAGAGAUGGAAAAUACAUUUCUUUCUCAUUUUAUUCUACUUUAUUUUAGGAAGGUUGUGGGAGGGUGCUAGUCCUUCUCAAUUUCUCAGAUUUUACUUUAAAGUUGUCUAAUUGGGGACCAUUCUUCUGAUAAAUGAUACAUCAGUCCAAGUCACUAGCAGUGAUGCAUCGCACUAAAUGUCUGAAUCAAGCAACUUUUCUGUGCUGCUGGACAAAUUAACUUAAUUCUUUGCAAACAUUUUGAACCAGGCUUUUUAUUGCCACUCUGUUUUUACUACUCAUGAUUCAAACGUCUACACGAAUCUAGAUCAGGAUGUUGACAAUUUGUGGUUAUUUUCAGACCAACAGUAACUGUUACACUCUUGAAAGCACUUAGAAAGAAAGUAUAAGCAUGUCCUAAAUAGUCAACAACUUGACCUGGAAAAACACUGGCUUUUCUGUUUAAUUAAAUAUUAGGCCAAUAUGUAGAUAUAGUCUUAAAGGAUUUUAAGCAAUAAUGAAAACAUUUUGAGAAAUGAGAAGGCACUUUAAACACAUGAAACCUUACAUUACAUGCUCUUGGAUAUUUUUUAAUGUAAUAAGCUAAUUGGAUUCAGGUAUUUUUUUCCCUUUAAAUUUUUAAAAAUAUAUGUUUCUACUUUGUUUGCAUAUUUAAUUUUGUCAAAGCUAAGAAAUGCUCACUAGUUGAAUAUGUAAAUGUCAUUUGCAACCAAAUGAAAUAUUUAUUUUUAAAAAGAAAAGCUGAAGGAACCAAUAUUGAUUUGUAAAUAAUGAAAAUAUGUGGGGCUGUAUAUAUAUAUAUAUUUUCCUCCUUGACACUACUUGGUCACCACAUCAAGUGUAUUUUUGUACAUAAUAUAUAUUGGUUAGAAAAGGUAGAUUGUUUAUUCAAAGAAUUCUAUCUCUGUGAUAGAUUAUAUUUAUCCUAACCUGUUGACACCUCUGUUAAUUUGUUUUAAGGGAUAGAACUCUAUUUUUUGGGAUUUGCAGAGAACUGCAUUCAUGGCUUCCAGCUGUAAAUAUGUUAAGAGUCUUUUAAUAAACCUUGGUUUCAUGUGUG